GCCACCUCCCGUCCCGCUGCUCACGCUCGAGAGCCGCAAGUCCAGACCGAGGCAGGCCACACUGCAGACAUUGACAGAGGAGAGGCAGAGGCGAAGGGGUCCAGUUGGUGCAGGAGAGAAAGUUGAUGAUAAUGUUAAUUUGUUUACGUUGGAACAUCUGUCCAUGCGCGCACACCCUGCGAUAUGGAAGAAACGUCAGGGAGUCACUCUUAUGUCUGUGUGAGAGUAGAGUACGUGGAUGUCAUUCGCGGGAAACUGAAGGAGAUCCGAGAAACUUUUCGUGUUAGUCUGCGCGAAGUGCCUCCUCCAAAGGCGAAGACAGACUGUGGUAUAGGCACUGUAGGCCACCCCGGACUAAGUGUUAUGUUUUUCACGGUGGAGAAGACCGGCGAUGCGUCUCAAGCUGAAGUUUCCCAAAUAGCAGGACGUGUUCAGUGCUUCGUGGACGCGCUGUGCACGGGCCUGGGCGACCACGGGGAUGACUCCAGCUACGACAGCGACGCGGAGGGCGACGGCGACUACGGCGACCUCGGCGAGCACGCGGACCACGGCGACGCGCACCAGGACGUGAGCCGGACCACGUCGGAGACCCUCGCCGCCGAGUACGCCGACUACGUGACCCAGGGAGAUGCCGCCGUGUCACGCCUGGAGUUCGGACUCCGCCUGGGCUACACAGAGCCGCUGGUGCGGGCCGCGCUGCGCCGCCUGGGCCCCAACCCCGCCCAGAACGAGUUGCUGGCCGAGCUCAUCCGGCAGGCGGCCAAGGCACCCCGACGGGGGCAGGCGGCGGCCGCGGCCCCGGCCCCGGUGGCUCCGGGUCCCGCCCCCGGGGCCCCCGCCGGCGCCGCGCGGGAAGACGACGCCGCCGCCCCCGCCGCACCCUUGCGCCCGCGCCUCCGGCCCAUCGUCAUCGACGGCAGCAACGUGGCCAUGAGCCACGGCAACAAGGAGGUGUUCUCGUGCCGCGGCCUGCGCCUCUGCGUGGACUGGUUCCGCGCGCGCGGCCACACCGAGAUCACCGUCUUCGUGCCCAAGUGGCGCAAGGAGGCGGCCCGGCCCGACAACCUGGUCACGGAGCAGUCCAUCCUCGGCGACCUGGAGCGCGAGCGCCUGCUCGUGUACACGCCGUCGCGACUCGUGGGCGGCAAGCGCCUCGUGUGCUACGACGACCGCUACGUGCUGCGCCUGGCCGCGGACACGGGCGGCGUCGUCGUGAGCAACGACAACUACCGCGACCUGGCGCAGGAGAACGCCGACUUCCGGCGCGUCAUCGAGGAGCGCAUCCUCAUGUACUCGUUCGUCAACGACAGGUUCAUGCCCCCGGAGGACCCCCUGGGCCGGUCGGGCCCCUCCCUCGACCAGUUCCUGCUGCUGGCGCCCGCGCGCGCGGACCAGGCGCCGCCCUGCCCCUACGCCAAGAAGUGCACGUACGGCAACAAGUGCAAGUUCAGCCACCCGGAGCGCGGGUCGUUGCCGCACAAGUCGGUGACGGAGCGGCUGGCCGAGCAGGCCCAGCGUCAGCUGCUGGCGGCCGGCCUACGCGGCCCCGGCGGCAGCCAAGGCAAGCAGCUCAAGGGCAAGUCGCUGAGCCUGCCUCUGGACGCGGACAGCAGCCAGCAGGUCGGCGCCGCGGCGCGCAAGAUGCCGCUGACGCGCUCUCAGUCCGGCGUGCCCAAGAGCUUCAGCGGGGAGCCCGUCACGGCGGGCGCGGCCGCGGGUGCGGGCCCGGGUGGCGGCAGCGGCGGUGGAGGUGGCGGCGGCAGCGCGGCCAAUCUUCACCGCCCGCUGCAGCGGCAGCUCAGCCUCAACCCGACGUUCGACCCGCGGCUGCUGCAGAUGCGUCGCGCCAUCGGGGCCGACUGCGGCGCCCCGCUCACCAGCCCACUCACCAGCCCGCUCUCCAGCCCGCUUACUAGCCCGCUCACCGGCCCGCUCACCAGCCCCAUCGCCCACGCGGGGGUGACGCGCAUCUCUUCGGCGCCCGACUCGUGCCGGCCGGGGCCCUGGGCGCCGCAGCGCCGGGUGGCGCCCGCCCUGAGCGCCCUAGGGGGGACCCCUCUGGGAGGGUCCCCCCUGGGGGCUUGCGGCGCCAGCGGCAGCGAGCCCCAGCUCAGCACGGGAUGCACGGGCUACGAGUGGAGCCAGGCGCUGUACAACCACCAGGCCCAGCAGGUGCGCCAGCGGCUGCACUACCACCUCGCCUCCAUCUUCCCCGAGGACCUGGUGGCCACGGCCAUGUCGCUGUACCCGGACGAGGUGGACCCCCAGAAGAUCUGCGCCGCCAUCCUGGCGCUGCAACAGCAGCAACAGCAGCAACAGCAACAACAGCAGCAGCAGCAGCAGCAGCAGCGGCUGCAGCGCGGUGAGCCCAAGCCGUGAUGGCAGAGCGUCUCCGCUUCCUCACGGGAGGGCACAGUGAUCUGACUCUCUCUCCCCGAUAAGAAGGUGUCCACGUCCAGUAGUCAGUUUCCCCGAAAGAAACAGACAUUAAUUCGAUGAGAGGGUCAGCUUGACCAGUUUCUUGGUUAAAUGUUUUGGGAGUUUUUAAAGUCUGGUUGACGAGUUUUUGCAGUAAAUUAUUAGAACAUUUUUAGAAAUUUGUUGUCAUGCAGGAGUUAAGAUAAAGAUAAUAUGUUGUGAUAUGCUGUGCUUGUGAUUGUAUUUUCCGGAAGUCUCUUGGUCAGACCAGAGGUCCUUGUGAUUUUUCAGAAGAUUUCGUUAAAUAUGAUGUUUAAUAGAUUUUGUUUGAAUUUCUUGCUGGACGAGAAAAUAAUUAUGAAAAUGCAAGUGGCGUGUCUUCAAAGAAGACCUAUACUGACCCUAAAUGCUCAGAGCAUAUCCUGAUGUGGUUCAUUUUCCUCUUAUUUUGAGGAAGUAUUUUCAGUUAUUUUAUAUAAACUUAAAGUAGUUGUGAUGAUUAGAAAAAACAACAACUUGUUAUUCAGAAUUAUUUGUAGAUGGACAGUCAAAUCACCUUCUGUGAGGUCAAAAAAAUAGCAUCAGUAUUUAUUAAUGAUGAAAUUGUGCCAUGUUCCUUAUGCCCCUCUCUUUGGGCAUCAAGUCAGGGUGAGAUGUGAAUUUCCACACUUUGAAAACAAGGUUUGCGAGAACAAAAUCACACCCAGGUAAAUGGUUUGUUUUGACAAGAAAGAAUUCUAAAAGAAGUUGUGGCUCAUCUACACCAUGAAUGACACUGUCUAGCUUCUGAGAAGAAGCUGAUCAGUUUGACACUAAAUCUUUCUUGAUUGCUACAGACUUAACUUCCCAGUCUUCUCCAUAAAUUUCAUAUCUCAUUAAAUUUAAAGGAGAAACUGUUAGGGAUCAUUUAAUUAAAACUGCAUAAAAAGAUAUUUUCACCACUUCGGCUGUGAUGAUGUUUUUUUUUUCCUUUUCUUUUUUCUCAGAAUUUACAUGUUUCCUUUUUUUCACAUCCAUUUUGAUAUGAUAAUAAUGACAUUGGUGUAAUUUGGAUCAGAGAUUAUUCUGCAUCUAUGUUUGGUAGGAAAGUAUUACUUUUAAUGUAUUUUUUUCCAUUUAUAUUUGUAUUUCAGUCUCUGACAGCAGAGAACGAAAGUUCAUUUCUAGUUGACUUGUAGGUCAUGUCCAUAAACAAACAGUGUCAAAAGUUCCAUACCUUUUGUGCUGAUAUGUAUUAUCGCUGAAACCUUUUUAGGGUUCUUGUAGAAUGUUAAAUGUAAAUUUAUUUUUGCCUUUUUGGUUUUAUUCCUGUGCUAAACUCAAGUAUAAUACUCUUGUGUUGACUGACCUGUUUAUGCUGUAUGAUGUACCUUCUUGUGCUUCAUUGUUUGUGUGCAUUGGUUGGUCAACUUUCUGAAUUUCACUGUCACAGGAUUUUCUGAGUUUACUCAACAACACAUACUGAGUAUUCGCUGAUUAUUUGGAACUUUGUUUCAAUUUUAUGAGACAAUAUUGUGAGUGCGUAGAUGUAGACAGACUAUGUUGGAAGUUGAAAGAAAAUUGUGUCUAGGAGGUAUGUGCUGGUACUGUAUUCAUUGUGAUUUCAAACCAACGAAUUACUUUGAAAUGUCUGUAUACAGUCAGGUACCAUCCUCCUUUCUUGUGGAUCUGUUAUCUAACUCAUGAAACUGUCCUUGCCACCUGAUGUUAAUAUCAAAAGUAAUGUAUUUUUUUUGUAGUAAUUGUAUUACUGCCAUGUUUUCAGUCAUUGACUUAAGUAUAUAUUGUUGAUUGUAGAGAAAGCUCAGAAUUUGGGAAGUAGUUUUCUGUGUUAGAAUUUUCUGUGGUCACUUGUCUUUUUUGCGUGUUACAAGAGAACCUAGGUCUUAUGACGCAUUGUCAAUAUUGAUUCAAAAUAUUGUUAAAUUUCCAAUUGGAAUCUUUUUUAUGACAUCAGAUCUGUUAGAUUUUAUUAAUAAGUUUGUCAAUACUCGGACAAAAAAUUGUGUGUGUAUGCUGCUAGAUUUAAAUCUAUAAGAAAAGAAUACGCUUCAAAAAUCUCUAUUUUUAUGAAAGACUUUUUUGCUUUACCUUGGGCAAUGGCCAAAUGUCUACAUUCCAGAUAGGUUUAACUCUAAGAAACUGUUGGUAUAGAUUUUUCUCUAUCUUUCACCCUUCACUUUUCGUUUCCUUUGAUCUUUAUUCUCUUACUUUGACUUUCUCAUGUUACCUUGAAAUCUUCUCUCUUACAUUCCAACCAUCUUCUAUUGAAGAAAAUUGUAUGUGUUCUUAUCCUUAUUACUGACUGUUUUUUGUAUAUUUUUUUUUAAAUUGUUGUUUUUUAUUAGGAAAUUAAUUUAGUUGAGUUGUGAUUGCUGUACUUCCAUCGGUAUGAUUAGACUGUGCUCUCUAAGAAUUCAAAGUUUUGACUCAUCUUUGUCAUUUGAGCACAAAAGUCAUUUUAUGAUUUGAAAUCCAGCAACAUUUGGGUGCAACACUGAUAUUCAAUUGUAUGAAUUUAUUACUAUGCCUCUCACUUUAUGGUAAGUAACGAGACCCUAUUUAGUGAUUCAAUAUGUGGUGUAACACUUAUGCAAUGGUCAGAAAAGCAGUUUCUGUGACGUUUUGUAUCUUACCUAGUGUCUUAUUCCUUUCUUGUAUAACAAGCUGGAAAGGAACAUUUUUUUUGUAUACUUUCAAAUAUGCUGAGCAAUGUUAAUUCCCCAGUUUUGUUUUUAAAUUUGUUGUAGGGGUACUUCAAUCUCAUAGGAUCAUCAAUUUUGUUCCUAACUGUCUACAUGUCAUAAGGUUGAAAGUGGCCUAAAAGUUGUUUUUUUCAACUUUAUUGUUUUUAAAAGCUUUUGGUUUGACUAGAAGCUUUUAUUCCUACUGGCCAUGGCUUCAAUCUUUGAGAACCGCUCACAAAGAAAGCUGAAGGCUCAUGAUUCCUUUUGAAACUUAGUGUGAAAUUUGUUUUUCUGGGAAGGUUAAAGAUUUUUGUGUACAUAUACUAGACAUUUUUGUUCUAACUUUUUGUUUGUUUUUCCUCUCAAAAAGGAAAGCAUAAUUGUGUUAAUAACAAUUGAAUAUUUCCAUUAUGUUAUAUGGGAACAUACUUGUUUUAUUUAUGUUGAACUACGUUUUAUGUAGGCUUUGUAUUGGGUAUUCCAAAGACGUUGUAUGUACAUAGGUAUAUGGCAUUGGUGAUAGCUUAUUUAUGUAAAUUGGAACAAAAUUUUUGUUUACAAAGUGAGUUUUAUCUCUUUGUGACGUCUUAUUUCAUAACCAAGUUAAAUUUUAAUACAGCAAUGUAAACUGAAA